GCUCUUCACACCCAAGCCUUCCAAAAUUAACUGCCUCCUUUGUAUUCGCUUCCCAAUCCAAAUUUCGUAUGUCCUCUUUUCUUUAUCCCUCCCCAUCUCCCUCCAUUGCCAUUCCUCAAUGCCAUCUUGCUUCCUCGUCGUCCAAUCCUCGGGCGGCGGGAACAACAACCAUCCACCGCUGCCACCACCGCAACCGUCGCCGUGAAAGUCGUCCACAUGAAAGGGCAUUGCGCUGCCGCUGUCUCCGUCACCAUGCCUAACGUAAUCAAGCCCUUCCAGCUUCUAGAAAUAAACAUCAUCUCGGGCCAGGACCUGGAGCUCGUGUCCAAGAAAAUGCGAACCUACGCCACCGCCUGGGUCCACCCGAAGCGCAAGCUCUCCACCGUCGUGGACACCCAGGGCUACAACAACCCGACGUGGAACGACAAGUUCGUGUUCCGUGUCGACGAGGAGUUCCUCCGCCUCGACACCUCCGCUGUCACAAUCGAGAUCCACGCGGUUGGUUGGUUCCGCGACACCCUCGUGGGCACGGUGCGCGUCCUUGUCGGCAAUCUUAUUCCUCCUCCUCCGACUCGGCCCCACCGCCAGCAGAACCACCACCACCACUCCGGGAUGCGGUUCGCCGCGCUCCAAGUCUGGCGUCCGUCGGGUCGUCCCCAGGGGUUGUUGAACAUUGGCGUGGCUGUGCUCGAUAGCUCCAUGCGGAGCAUGCCUUUGUAUACCCAACUUAGCCGGUCAGCUGUAGGAUACCGUGAUUUGAUGGGACAAGAGAAUCCGCAACACCAAAACCAAGAUAAUAAUCAUGACACCAAUGAUCUACCACUUAUGUUGCGUCGCUGGAGGAGCGAGCGAACCGAAAGUGUCACCACUUUUGAUGAUCUCUCAGCUACCCAUGGUUCCAUUGUUGGGAUGGCACAAAAGAAAGGGCCUUCUAAGAAGGCUAGUUCACGGGUUAGUGAUUCAUCAGAUUACUCCAAUAUUGUGCCAAACGGAAAGAGCAAGAAAGGGAAGGCAAGUUCUGUGAUUAGUGGUGCAGAACUCAUAACAAAACCAAAGGAGAAAGGCAGAAAAGGAAAGGGAAGCUCAUUGGUCAAUCUAAUUUGUAGUUUUGAAAAUGCCAAAAUGGAAAAGCCUCCUAGUUUGGAUCCACCCAAAGAAAAGGUACCCAAUGACCCAAAAAUUUAUAACAACAAGGCCCAAGUAAAGCCUCAAGACAAGGCCCUAACGAAAUGUCCGUCGAUCGGGCCGGCGAUGGAGAAGCCCAACUCAAAGCCCAAUGGGUUUGAGUUUGAGGGCCCAAAAGGGUCUUCUAUAGCGAGUGGCAAAUACAUGUAUCGGGCUCCUCCGAAACCUCAAUGUUCGUUUUGGUCCGAGUCGGAAGUGGGUCCCUCGCCAUCCGAGGUGGCGGCCGCAGGGAUGGUGAGGGAGAGGGAAAAGGAAACGGGAAGAUACCCGUUGGACGACAACCACAGCUCGGUGUUGGAGGGAUGGAGCGUAGACGAAAGCAUGGAAGGGCUGCGGUCGAAGCUCGAAAGGUGGAGGACGGAGCUUCCAGCUCUCUACGAUCGAGGGGGCGGGUUCGCGAGUUCUAGCUUCAGAUCGACUGGCCAACGCGUACAAAGGAAAACCGAUGACGGGACUAGUGGCUUGUUUUCGUGUUUUAGCAGCAUAUAUGGGUACGAGUGCCAGUGUAUUUGCGGUAAGCCACCGGAGAGAAAGAGAAGCCUUAGCCUUAGCGACCGAUCAUAGAGCUCACAAGCUAGUGCGGGCGGGCGGGCUAGCCAGCUUGCGCUCAGAGCCGGCUCCGAAAUAAGUCCCUCAGGACCUCCGGCUUGGGUAACCCCCACCAUGAGGCAAAAAAAAAAAAAUGUAAAUCUAAUGUAACAUUGAUUUUAUUUAUCUUUCCUUUUAUGUUUUUA